AUGACCGCCCUCCACCUCGUCGAGCCGUCCACCAGCAGCGACGCCCCCGACGCCCCGCCCGGCGCAUCAAUCGCCGGAACUUCCGGUUCCGCCGCAGGGGCGCGCCUGCUUCGCGGCGGCUCCCUCCAUCGGCACGCCGUGACGGCGGCCGCUGUAGCAGCACAUCAGCACGCGUGCGCGGCGGCGCAGUCCGGUACCGUAUACCCGUGCCCCGUCGAGCCGCUAUUCCGCGGCGCGCACGCGGACGCGGACAUCCGCAACAGUGUCUCCUGUGAUUUC